CCAAGAAUUCACCAUUGAAACUCAUUACAAUCUGAAUACUUUCACAGCUUUCUCUUAAAACAUUUUCAAGAACGAGAAAAAAUAAAUAAACUAAAAAAGAUUGAGGUCAUGGUUAGAUCAGAAUUAGGAAGAAUAAGAUUCUUAUUAGGAGCUGAAAUGGCGCCGGCGCCGGUGAUUUCUCGCCGGAGUUGUUCAAUGUCUCCGACACUUGAGACCAUUUUUGAAGAAAGAUCCGAUGAUUUUUGUCAUCAAGAUCGUUAUCACACUGUCGUCGUGGGACAAAGAAAUCGUUUGUUUCUUCUUGUUCCGGCGAUCAUAUCAGCCGUAUCUUGUGUUUUGUUGUAUAGACAGGAUCGUGUUGUUCGAUUUUCUUGAACAUAUAUACAAAUAUGCAUAAGUAUUUCAAAUGUAACUAUGAGUAAGGAGAAGAGUUUUCUAUAAGCUUAUGUUAUUCAUAGUGUUAAUUUGAUUCACAAAUAUCUAUAACAU